AUGGCCACGCCCUCCGAUCCUUCCAACCAAGAAGCUGUUGUAAGAAGGAAGAACAACGGACCCCCAAUUAAGUUCCUUAUUCCUCUCAUAUACGCCCCUGUUCUCCCUCUAAUUCGUCUAUCGCUGAGACAUAAACCCGUCCUGAGAGAUCGCUUGUUUACGGCUGUGUUGGCUGGGGGCUUUGCUCACGGUUUCUAUUUGAUAACAGACCUUUAUGAUAAAGAGAGCAAUGCGCAUUUCACAAACCACAGUAAACUAGUGUCUAGUAUGAAUAUGAUCACUUGGUGUUUCUGUCAGGGGGGUGGCAAUGGUUGUUUGAGGACUGAUGAGGUUGGAGCAGUGGGCAUGAUGAUGCUCGUUGGCCAGUCAUGA